AUGGACGACCCAACAACGGAACAACCAGCGAUGAACGAAGAAGAGAUGGACGUUAUCCUUGACCAACUCGAAGAAGGUCGCCGGAGAUUCUCUGAGGGAAUGGCCGCCCGACAAAUCAACGACCCGGUACUUUCGUGGAUCGCCCCCAUGGUCUACCUUAUGAUGAGGUUGGUACCUGGAGGCAAUCGAACCCAAACCCAGCCGGCCCCGUCGCCUCAAGGCUCAGCAUCCAACACUGGUAACCAACCUGGGCAGGGUGUACCACCAACACCAAGGCCCGACAUCACACAUCGUCCUACCUGCGUCCUCAUCGAGUCCGGUAUUAUUCGGGAAGUCAUCAAAGAGAAAUGGAAGGAGUUUAAGGCUCCCAGCCCCGAGGACGUCUCGAACCUCUUCGCCCAUUACCAGCAAAGCAAUCUCGCUUGGAAGGGGAAAGAUCACUUGCUUGAGGGUUUUCUAACUCAAGCCCUUCACAGAACUGGCACAACUGACGACGACGAUAGAGCCGUUAUGUUUGUCGAAGGGGAUGGGAAAAAGGCAAAAGUGUGGAACAGAGCAGUGGCGGCCUGGCUAAUCAAAUACUUCGUCAUUGAAAGGGUCAACGCCAAAAUCCCAAGUCGUACAGUCGAGUGGGGAGUCAGCUUCGACUGGAUCAAGUCGACCAUAACAAGGGUCACAAAACACGUGGAUUAUCUCUUCUCCGAUAGACGCUUGACGGAUGAUGAGCGUCAGCAAAGAAACGAAGUUUAUAAGUUUGUUGAAGCGCGAAGAUUACUCUUUCUUCGGAGGAGAAACGCAGUACGAAACCGUCCUCCUAUUAAGCAUCUCGUAGAAGCCCUGACCUUACUUGGAGAAGACGGCAUGAGUAGCGAUGAGGAGACAGAGGGAAGUCCCAGCAACUUCAGAAACAUCCAUCGCCAUCCAUGGCGAUCUGAGGCAGCGACGGUCAUGGUCCGGUAUGUCGACCAGGUUGUUGAAGCGGCGGACGCGACAAAGCCGCGAAGAGGGAACGCCAAGAACACCAGAAAACCACAUCCAUCAAUUACAGGGGAGCACAUGCGGUCAAGGAGGUUUAAAGCAGCUCACGACCCCAUCAAUCGACGCUACAUGCACGUACCGCAUGGCUUGCCUGUCAACUUCUACAACCAAACAGUACUCGACGGUCAUCCGCAAUUCAACGACGCCCGCAUCAGCUGGAAGGACCUUUUGGGUGUCAAGGAGGUGAACGAAGCGUUGUUGAGAGUCCCGGAAAAUUUUAACGCGGAUGACUUGAAUGAGGACGAGGUAUGA